GUCAAAUGCAUGAAACGGACGAAAUGCACGGUAAUGACUAAUGCGUCUGUUGCCUGUCUAUUGUCAUUGGCAGUGGCACCAACCAGACUGGCACACAAGCCACCUCUCUUCCAACUCUCUCUCUCUCUUUCUUUCUUUCUCUCUCCAUCUCAGGGUCUUAAAAUGAAGAGAUGCCUAGCAAGCAUUUUAGCCAGCCCUUGAAAAGGUACUGAUAGUGAUAUCAUCCUGACUGUCAUUUGGUGGGUUUUUCUGUUUUAGUGUAGAUGAAGACUGGGUUUAAGAAAACUAGGGUUUUGAGUGAUUGGGUUUAUGGUAAGGAUCAUAAUGUCGAUGUUAGAGAAAAUGUGAAGAGAGGGAGAGGGGAACAUGGGUUUUGUACAGGGAUUGAUUUUGUAUCUGAAUCUACAGGGAAGGUGAACAGUAUGAGAAACUAUGGGUUUGUAUUUGAAGGAAGAGAAAUAGAGGGAGAAAGAGAAAUGGAUUUGGUUGAGAUUUCUUCUGUGAAUCCGCCAUGUCCCAGAUUUGAAGCUGGGGAUAUGGUGUGGGGAAAGGUUGAAUCAUAUCCAUGGUGGCCGGGGCAGAUAUUCAAUAAGGCAUUUGCUGUCCCCAGUGUGCAUAAUGAGAAAAUAGAGGGUCAUGCGUUGGUUGCAUUUUUUGGGGAUGAUAGCUAUGGUUGGUUUGACCCAUUAAAGCUCAUCCCCUUUGAUUAUCACUACGCUGAGAAAUUGAAGCAGACAAAAUCUCGAUCUUUUGUAAAUGCUGUCCAAGAGGCAGAGAUUGAGACUGCGAGAAGGGCAUCGCUGGGUUUGUCAUGCUGGUGUCGGGAUUCAAAUUUUCGACAUACUGGUGUUGAAGGGUUCCUUGCAGUUGAUUUGGUUGGAUAUGCACCUGGUGGAGUGUACUCAGUGAAGCAAAUUAAGAAGGCAAGAGAAGGAUUUUGUGCACUUGAGAUGCUGAAGUUUUUACAGCAUGUGGCAUUGAAGCCAUGUUGGAUUUUCCAUGAAACUCUGGAUAGGAUUAAGGCACUGGCUAGAGUUCUUGCUUACAGGAGAGCAGUGUUUGAGGAGUUUGACGACACAUAUGUCCAUGCCUUUGGAGCUCAACAAGAACACUCUGUCAACAACAUGAAGGUUUUGGAUAAGCUGAAUAAGGUCCCAUGUGAAGCUCUAUUGAGUAAGUCACUGAGAAGUGGUGAAUCUUCAGGAGUAAGAAAGAGCUCUGUUAGUUCUAUGAAAGUGAAUGACCAAGUUAACAUAGAGAACUAUCUUUCCAAGAAAAAAGAUGAUCCAGAAGUUCGUCAUCUCAGCAAGAGCAGCUCAAUUCUAUCAACAUAUAAGGAGAAAUCAGCACUAGUACCUGUUUCUUUGAAAGUGAAUUUUCUUGGCCAAGAGUAUAAAAACAUGAAUUCUGGCUUUGUGGACAGAGCUGGUUCAGUUCUUACUUCCAAAGAAGCUGCACCAAUGAAGAAGAAAUCACCACAUCAGAAAAUUAGUUCAAUUACUGUGGCAGCUAAUCGGGAAGCAAGAAGAACGGAAUCAGUUAACAGAUCUCAAGUUGAACAAGCUCAACCAGGAUGGUCUAAAGUAGUUGAACAUCAAAAUGGGCUGGCUAAUGUGCCAGAAGAUGUCAAUAGUAUUAGAGAUCUCCCUUUUGCUCUAAAACCUCCUAAAAAACGGCUGAAACCUGAAAACGCUUCAAUGGCUGGACAAAGUGACAUAAACCCAGCUUUUCUGAAAACAUCCAAUCGGCUUAAGAGACCAAACAAGCUGAAGUCAUUUGCAGCUGAGAAGAAGAUUGAAAUCCAGAAGCCUGUGAAAUCCCAUGGAAAUGAUGGAAAAAGCAUGAACACAACUGUUUCAGUACAGCAGAAUGCAAAUCCAAAUCCAUUCAAGAAGCUUGCAGCACCUACAAGAGUUGCACCUAAAGUGUUAUUGAUGCAAUUCCCUCGUCACGCAAGACUGCCAUCUGUUUCAGAACUGAAAGCAAGAUUUGCACGCUAUGGAUUUCUUGAUCAUUCUCCUCCGCCUUGUGUUUUCUGGAAAUCUUCUACCUGUAGAGUUGUGUUCGAAUGUGAGGCUGAUGCCCAAGUGGCAUAUCAGUAUGCAAUUUCAAACAGCUCCAUGUUUGGCAAAAUGAAAGUUUACUACUACCUAGAAGACCUGAAUGCGCCUAAGUUUGUGUUGCCUACCUCGCAGAAGGAGAAUUUUGAAAAACCUUCCUCAACAUGUGGUGAUUCUCCGAAACCAAAAUCCACGGACACUCAGCAGCUGGUGCUGCAUCCAAGAGCCAAUCUCGAGUCUUGCCUGAAGAAUCCUUUGGUUUAUGAGUUGAGCGGUCCUAGUGAGAAAUUGCAGGUGAAUCUUUUCUCCGGUGGGGAUGAUGCAGGUGCUGCAGAUCAGUUGAUGGUCAAUAGCAGCAUCCUAAAAUCUGAAGGUAAUCAUUCAUCACUUCCCGGUGCAACCAUUAGCACAACAACGUCUGAAAGGGGCAUACGUCCUGUUCUCUCUCCCGGACUGGAAAUCAAAUAUGCUUGAAAUUGAGCAGUUUGUUGAUGCUUGUAAUCAGCAGCAUUGUCAAAUUGAGGCAGGGAACAACAGCAGCUCUGUCACAACCCAGAGUGUCGACAUCUCAACUCCAUUGCUAAACCUUUUGGGUAUCUGCCGAGAUAUUGUUGAUGAGAGUAGGAAGAGUUUAGAAAAGGACCCAGCAGCGCCAUGGAAAAUCUAAUGUAAAGAAAUAGCGUGUAACUGA